UGGCAGUAUUCAUUACAAUUUCCAGUCCAUGGAAGGAGCGAAUGUAUAUACUAGAUGCACCCAUUAGGCAGGCCGCAUCUGCCCAGUCUUCUUACGUCCCUAGGAUUUUGGGUCAGCUCGGCAACAUUCUUAUCCUGCGCAGCCGCGACGCAAACAUUCGAGUAUAUGAUCAAAAACGGGCUGGAGUUUGGUUGCCUGACCAAUGGCCGUGUCAAAGUCGUGUGGCUCGGAUUGGCGAGGACUCUCAUAUCCUAUCGACUUUCGACCACCUUACCUGUGACGACCUCGAACAGGGGACAAGGUGGAUUCCAUGACAGUUAGAGACCGGUCGCCUUCGAGUGAAUCUGAUCCUGGCAGACUGCGUCUUACUUGCAGCCCUAAUUCAUGUUAUACAGAGGCCGUUGAUGGGGUGGGGUGGAACCUGUCUGAACCACGACAACUAUAUCCAGCUUCAUCGAGAAAUUGAUCGCACACGGCGCGAGAUAGAAGAUGCGGGCAUGCAACACCUAGACCUACUGUACGCUCCCAGAACAUGCUAUGGAACCAGGGGCAACAGCGUAUAAGGGCCCAACACAAAGAAAGGACCCUGCCUCGCCGCGCGUUGCAUCCAAGCCAAAAAAAAGGUACAGG